GGCGCUAUAAGAGGGCGGCGGCCGCGGCGCACCCUGCGCGGAGCCGGGAGCGCGAUGGUCCGCCGCCGCGGCGCGGCAAGAUGCUGGAUGGGUCCCUGCUGGCGCGCUGGCUGGCCGCGGCCUUCGGGCUGACGCUGCUGCUCGCUGCGCUGCGCCCUUCGGCCGCCUACUUCGGGCUGACUGGCAGCGAGCCCCUGACCAUCCUCCCACUGACCCUGGAGCCUGAGGCAGCUGCCCAGGCUCACUUUAAGGCCUGUGAUCGGCUGAAAUUAGAGCGCAAGCAAAGGCGCAUGUGCCGGCGGGACCCGGGCGUGGCGGAGACGCUGGUGGAGGCAGUGAGCAUGAGUGCGCUCGAGUGCCAGUACCAGUUCCGCUUUGAGCGCUGGAACUGCACCCUGGAGGGCCGCUACCGCGCCAGCCUGCUCAAGAGAGGCUUCAAGGAGACCGCCUUCCUCUAUGCUAUCUCCUCGGCCGGCCUGACACACGCCCUGGCCAAGGCGUGCAGCGCCGGGCGCAUGGAGCGCUGCACAUGUGACGAGGCACCGGACCUGGAGAACAGAGAGGCCUGGCAGUGGGGCGGCUGCGGGGACAACCUCAAGUACAGCAGCAAGUUCGUUAAGGAGUUCCUGGGCAGGCGGUCAAGCAAGGACCUGAGAGCCCGCGUGGACUUCCACAACAACCUCGUGGGUGUGAAGGUGAUCAAGGCCGGGGUGGAGACCACGUGCAAGUGCCAUGGUGUGUCGGGCUCCUGCACCGUACGGACUUGCUGGCGGCAGCUGGCGCCCUUCCACGAGGUGGGCAAGCACCUAAAGCACAAGUAUGAGACGGCGCUCAAGGUGGGCAGCACCACCAACGAGGCCACGGGUGAGGCAGGUGCCAUCUCCCCACCACGGGGCCGGGCCUCAGGGGUGGGCAGUGCUGACCCGCUGCCCCGCACACCCGAGCUCGUGCACCUGGACGACUCACCCAGUUUCUGCCUGGCCGGCCGCUUCUCCCCAGGCACAGCUGGCCGCAGGUGCCACCGUGAGAAGAACUGUGAGAGUAUCUGCUGUGGCCGCGGCCACAACACGCAGAGCCGGGUGGUGACAAGGCCCUGCCAGUGCCAGGUACGCUGGUGCUGCUAUGUGGAGUGCCGGCAGUGCACACAGCGCGAAGAGGUCUACACCUGCAAGGGCUGAGCCCAGGCCCUCCAGCCCUGCAGUGUGCACACAGUGAGAGGAGGUCUACACCCACAGGGGCUGAGCCCAGGCCCUCCAGCCCUGCCGUGUGCACACAGUGAGAGGAGGUCUACACCCUCAGGGGCUGAGCCCAGGCCCUCCAGCCCUGCCGUGUGGGGUGUAGGCAAUGCACACAGUGAGAGGAGGUCUACACCUACAGGGGCUGAGCCCAGGCCCUCCAGCCCUGCCUGGGGUGUAGGAAAUGCACGGAGUGCAGGGUUCACACCUGCAAGGACUGAACCCCGGCUGUGGCAGGCAUUGUGCAGCAGGAGGCAGCUCCAGCUGCAAGGGCUGAGCCCAGGGCCCCAGGGUUGGUGUCUGGGUCAGCUGUGGAGGCCAGCUUCUGUCUGGCCUCCCCAACCCCUGUGCUCCUGCCCAAGGCCUGAGCUUUCUCCCAUGACCCGAGAGCGUUGCAGCAAUGCUUUCUCAGCUGUCUCCAUCCCUGACACCAGUCCCCCAUCUGGGCCCCAGUCUGUUGGCUGCCCCUCCCCGCCUCCGGGCUCCCUCUGAGGCUUGGAGGGCAGGUGCACCUUUGUGACCACAAGGCCGCCAUGGGGCACGGGCCUGGCCCGGCACCCAGCACCAGCACUGUCUUCAGAGAGCCAAACCACUAGGAGAGUGCACAGCCCUCCAUCUCCAGGGCCCUGCUGCCCAGGCGCCCGGGCGGGGAGGACUCUGCCUUCCCUCUCUGACAUCGAGCACUUCUCUUUGGAGUGAG